AUGUCACACCUGCAACAGGAGUCAGACGCUGGACACGAGCUACCAGUAUAUGAACAUCCGCCAGUGUACGAUGAUUUAUCUGCAUCCGAUGAGCUAUCAACCUCCGAAGAGCUGUCAGUUUCCGUAGAGCUGUCGGUAUCUGAAGAGCUGCCGGUAUCUGAAGACUCGGCAGUAACCCAAGAGCUGCCGGCAUCCGAAGAGGCAGUACCAAAACCGCCCCCUGUUUGGUUGUUAAGGUUGCUGUAUCUUAGCUGUAUCUUGGCCGUGAUCUGUGUUUGCUCUACGAUUUUCGCGGCCAUCAUGGCCGUGUUUCCUAUUAUCAUGGAAGCUCUAAAGAAUAUCUUCUCUGAGACAAAUACCUGCAAUGGCUAUACCGCUACUGAAUGGUAUCGUUCUGGUUAUGCUGCUGGUUAUGUAGACGCUCUCGCCAGUGCUUCAAAUACCAAGAAUGCCACCAUUGAGAGCCGUGAUCUAACCGACAUUCUAACCAUAGUAGACAUCCCAAGCCUCUCCACGACGGACGUCAUUUUCGAAGGAAGCAACACGGCCGAGAACGAGCUUCACACCCAGGAACAGGGAGAAGAGGAGACUCCCAUGCCAACUACCGUGGAGAUCCCAGAUAUCCCAACCAAAGACAGCCUUCUCGAAGAACGCAACACGUCCGAAAAAGAACUUCAAUUCGAGGGACUUGAAGACAUAACAACCCAAGAAAAGAAAGAGGAGAGUCUCCCACCGCCAUAUGCAAGAAAUGUCCCCCGGGAUAUAAAUGCCUCGACGCGUCAUGUGUACGUGGCUGCGACAGUACCGAGGACUGCCCGGACAGAUAUCAUUGCAAAUACGGACGAUAUGGAUACCGGUGCUUUGAGAAGACAGGUCGGCACCGGGAAUGUAUGGAGCAUGGGCAUUUUUGUCGUCGGCAUUCACAGUGCUGUACUGGGUACUGUGGAAGAAGGUCUAAGGGGGAGAUUUCCUUUGUUCGCCAAACCCUGGGGGGAUGGAUGGACAUGCUGA